UCUAUCGGACUUCCCUGUGCUGUCGCUUUCGAUUGUAGCGUAAUUAGCAGCUGUACGUGCGCAGCGGUUUACUUCGACCUGUCUGAGGGACUGACAGUGAUCCAGCGGCGCACUGAAAACCAGCUCCAGUCCCUGCAGAUCACAUCAUGAGUGUCAGCUCAAGACGGAGCAGCGGGGAAGACCUCGACGAGCUGGAGUCAGUCAGCUGGUAUCAUUAUGAUUUGUCUCGGCAUGCAGCUGAAGCUCUUCUCCUUUCGAAUGGGGUGGAUGGGAGUUUUUUACUCAGAAACAGCAACAAAGGACCUGACUGCUUUGCUUUGUCUGUUCGAGCAAAGGAUUCAGUGAAACACUUUCAUGUCCGGAGGCAGUUUGGCAAAUAUUCCUUUGGCUUCAAUGAAUUUCCUUCCCUUCAGGAUUUUUGCAGUCACCUUGCCAAUCAGCCGCUGCUAGGCAGUGACACAGGAAACCUGAUAGUGCUACGGUUUCCAUACCCACGGCAGGUGGAAGAACCGUCCAUUUAUGAGACUGUGUGUGUGCAUACGGCCAUGCAGACAGGUCGACAUGAAAACGACCUAGUGCCUAAUGCUCCAUCACUUGGCACUAAAGAAGGUUAUCUGGUUAAACAAGGAGCUAUCAUCAAGAACUGGAAGCAGAGAUGGUUCACACUGAAUAGAAAUGAACUUAAAUAUUUUAAAGAUAAGAUGUUUGUAGAGCCAAUACGAACCCUGGAUCUGACGGAGUGCUCUGCUGUUCAGUUUGAUUACAGUCAGGAGAGGGUUAACUGCUUCUGUCUGGUGUUCCCCGAGAGGACGUUUUAUUUGUGUGCAAAAUCUGGUGCUGAGGCAGAUGAAUGGAUUAAAAUACUUCGAUGGAAACUGUCACAGAUAAAGAAAGGACGAUGAUGUUCAACAUGGAGAGAAGUAGUAGCGGAGCAAUGCGAGCUGUAUACAUUUAAAUACUAGUAUAUACAGAGGAUACAUCAACUGCGUCUGAUGCUCUGUGAUCUUGGCAUCACGGUUGUACAACUGAUCACACCUAAAAUAUCUUAUGGUCAAUGAAUAAGUUUUUACAUAGAAGAAAAGCACAGUUCCAAGGCACCAUGCUAUUGUGCUUUAUAAAGCUAUCUGAAGACGGUGCACUACCAGUAUUGAGAUUAUAAUUGACAAGUUUUUUUUUUUUUCACCAUAUUGUGUUCUGUGUUGAGUUUCAGUUCUCCUCGUUUUUCUCCAGCCCCAAGUUAAACAGUGUGUCUGCUUUCAAACAUAUGUACAUUUCCCCUUAUAUACAUGUUUGCAAUUUUGUUUGUCAAAUCCUUUGGAUGCAAUAAGCUUUUUCCAGAAUAGAGAGCUGCUGUAAUUACAUAUUUUUGUAGGCCAACUUGGAAACUAGAAUCAACCUUGACAAAAACCCAACAGGAAUUUUCCAUUAGCUUUUGGAUUUGUUCAUCAUGAUAAGCUUAAUAAAUAAACACAAUGUAUCAAUUUUAAA